AAAAAAUAAAAACACCACACGAGUCCUCGUCUCUUCCUCCCGUCACUUCGCAUACUUCUUAUUGCAUUAUUUUCUACUUGAGCCGGAGUGCAUUCGGGUUCAAAAUGUCUUUGGCUAAAUUAUAAAUAACCUUUCACGAUUUUGACUAUAUAUUCAAAGUCGCCCGCCCGCAUUAACGACGACCCGAGGCAACGCAAAAUGCACAACGAUUCUAACGUUCCGUAUUCAUUUGGGGCGAAUUUUACGCAUUUCGGCCGCUUUUUUUACGGUAAAUGCCCGGAAUGGGUCCUGUACGGGUUCCUGGCCAGUUUUUCUUUGGGGUCGUGUUUUAAUUUUCUCGAGUGUUUUGUUCUCUUAAGGUGCAAGAGAGACGGUAUCCUCUCAAUAAUCCUCCAGAUCAACUUGGUGGACUGUUUACUCUCACUGGUAGCACUCCAGGACCUGUUGAGCACUUACCAGGAAACCUGGACGGCUUCCAACGGCCUCUGUAUGUUCUACAACGGGACGUCCACCUUAGCGAACACCCUCCUCAUUUAUCUUCUAAUCUGCCUCAAUUUCCACGUGAUCACUUUCUGGAACCUGCACAACAAGCAAACCAAUAAGAACCCACUGACCGGGUUCGGUGAUGGGUCGAGUAGUGAAUGUUUGGUCACCAGGAGUGACAUCAGUCGCACGGUCACUAUCGACUAUAGAAAACGGAAAAGUGACAUAUCUGUCCUAUUACCGGUCAUUUUUGCUUGGGUACUAUCGGUGUCCAUCAGUAUGCCAGUCUAUGUGUUGUCUACUAAAGUAAAUGUAGAAGGGGCAAUAAGUGUUUGUGUUUUAAUGAAGAACUUCCAUGGACUGGCUCUGAAUGUGUCCGUCCUGGUUUUUAGUGCCGUAUUGCCGAGUUUAUUGUUGCUAACAAGUUUGUUUAUAUUGUUGCAUAAAUUGAGGAAAACUAUUAGACGAAAUGACAUAAUCGGAAUGGCCGAAUUGAAAGUGAAAAAGCAACUGUUGAUCUUCAGUGUGGUUUUGACUAGUUUUUAUGUGGUCACUUCAUAUCAGAGACAUAUUUUUACUGUAGUCUUAACUGUUCGCGAAAUAUUGUUUAAACAAAAUUAUUAUUAUAACAAUUAUUUGAAUGUUUAUCAGAUUUUGUGGCAUUAUAGUGGCACGGGGUUAAGGGGGCUGAUUUUUUAUUUGUUCGUGCCUGACCUGAGGAAGGUGCUUAGGGAAAAGUUGUUUUGCCUUAGGAGAGAUAGUUAAUAAAAAAGUUCUUGGAAAAUGUA